AUGAGCACGCUCCCCCAGGACAUCCGCGCCGCAUACCGUCGCGAGUCGCUCAAGACGCAUCCGGAUCGCCUCUCCCCGAAAGCCCCAGCCGAAGAGCGCAGGCGCUACACCGAGCGAUUCCAAGCCGUCGCGGACGCAUACUACGUGCUCUCCGACCCGGCCCGGCGCGCGGAGUACGACGCGCUGCUGCGCUCACGCCCGACCAGCGCAUUCACAGAUGCCUCGGCCGACGCGGACGAGCAGGAGCGCGCGAGCAAGAACUUUUUCGAGGAAUUUGCCCGCUACUUCCAGAACGCGACGGGUGGCGGCUUCGGCACAACGGGCAAGACGGACGCCGACUCGGGCGUCGGCUCGGAGCCCGGCACGCCGCCGCGCACCGGGCGCGCCCGCCCUGACCCGAACGGCGUGUUCGGCGAUGUGUUCGAGGAGCUCCUCGAGCCAGAGGUCGCCAAUGUCCACCGCCGCUGGUCGUUUGUCGGCGGUGCGGCCGGUGCCGCGAUGGGGUACAUUGUCGCCAAUAUUCCCGGCGCUGUUGCUGGCGCUUUCGCGGGCAACCGCCUCGGUGCCAUUCGCGAUGCCAAGGGCAAGAGUGUUGCGCAGGUCUUCUCGACGCUCCCAGGCGCACAGAAGGCGCAGAUUCUGCGCGCCCUUGCCGUCAAGGUGCUCGGGAGCAUGCAGUGACGCAGCGAUUUCGUGUCCUGUUCGUUUCUUGCCCCAUUUCGUAUUUUGAUCUUCGAUACCCUUGACUCGUGCAGCACUCUAUAGCACGCGAUGCAUGCAAUGUAAGAUACAAU